AUGUCGCAAGAUCCGCCCCUCGACAAUCCCGACCAACCCAACGGGUCCGAGCUGGUCGUAGCUCAAGAGCAAGUCAUCGACAACCUGGGGUAAGCCGCGGGUGCAUCGACGUAAUCCCCGCACGAACAAAACUACAUACCUUCAGGGAGCGCCGGCGCUGUUUUUAAUCGGAAUUAUAUUUUAGGCGGAUUAAUCCUGAGCUUUAUAGCCCGUUUCUCGCUGUCCUGCGGGAUGAUUUCACACUUUUUAUUAUGUUUUGCGGCUAUUUUUGGGCGGAAAAUAUCAAGUUGAAUCAUAUUCUAAUUGGAUAUCUUUUGUAAAUUAGAGUCAAUUUUACUAUGGUGGAGUCAAAUUUUGUAUAAUGGACUCAAAUUGCGACGAUUGGAUAGCUUUCCAAAAGUUGUAGAUUGCACUGUGCGAAAGAAUUAUUUUUUCGCACAGUGCAGUCCGGCGAAAAAUAAUGUGCACUGUGCAGUCAGAAUUUCAUUUUUUCGCACUGUGCAAUCAGAAAUUUAUGUUUUUGCACAGUGCAAUUCGAUGAAAAAUAAUCUGCACCGUGCAGUCAGAAGUUUGAGUUUUUUGCACUGUGCGAUCAGAAAUUUAUGUUUUUGCACAGUGCAAUUCGAUGAAAAAUAAUCUGCACCGUGCAGUCAGAAGUUUGAGUUUUUUGCACUGUGCGAUCAGAAAUUUAUGUUUUUGCACAGUGCAAUCCGAAAUUUAUUUUUUCGCACUGUGCAAUCAAAAAUUUUACUUUUUCGCACAGUGCAAUUUCACGAAAAAUAGUCUGCACUGUGCAAUCAGAAUUUCAUUUUUUCGCACUGUGCAAUCAAAACAUUUUUUUGAUUUUUCUUUUCCAGAGAAGACCAAUUAGUCGACCCACCUCCAGUAGCAGCCACAGAGGACGUCUACGAGUUCAAGGAAGACCCAGAUGACUCCUUAGUAGUACCUGAGGUACUAAGACCACCCGAAGAGCAACCAGAUACGUCUGGAAUAAUGGAAACUGAGGAUGAUGAAGCUGAAAUGAGUCAGGAAGACGCAGGGAACGACUUGGAGCCAGAGCUUAACGAUUCAGCUGAUGGCCAGCUGGAUUCGAAUGUGAGUUUUUAUGAAUAAUAUAAAUUGGUUUGAAAUUUAGUGUCUAAAACAAUAUAAGAUGGAAAUUCUUGUUUAAUUAGCCCGUCUGAAGUGUAAUUCUACGAUUUUCAGCUAGAUGAAGUGGACGAAGUCUCUGGCCGACGAGUUCCACCUCUUCGAAUUCAGCUCCCAAAAGAUGAAGAAGAUGAAUUCGAGGAUGAAGAUCCGGGACGAACAGCGGGAAAAGAGGCCAAAACAACUCCCAAAAAGCCAGUUAGGACUCAAAGAAAAACGACCGAGAAACGGGGAGCAUCGGGAAGGAUCACUCGGUAGGUAUUCAAUUUUUGUUGUUUUGUUCGAAAUUUAGGUAAAAUACAAUACGAAAUGAGACUAUGGGAGUAACAUAAGAUGCUUAAUGCCCUUUAGAAGGCAUGUUACGAGUUUUCUCAGCUUUUCCGGCGAUAAAAAUUAUGUUUUUCAAAAAUUUGGACCUCAUUUUAGGAAAAUUUGGCUUAUUUUACAAGGAAAGUACUUCUAUGGGGUGUGGAAUUACCGGUCGAGAUAUAUAUCAAAAAAUUCACAAAAAUUUUCUGAUUCAGAAUAUAUAUAAAUUAGCUGCCUAAUUUUGGUCUAUCAGCGAGUUUUAUCAAUAAAUGUUUUUCUCGAGGAAAAAAAUCUGCGGCAACAAAAGCGCGCUCGGUCUCUUCCUUCGGAAGAGAGCGGUGUGGCCGAGUGGUUAAAGCGCUAGAUUGGAAAUCCGAGGGGGGCGGGUUCGAUUCUUUUUGCCACACUAGAACCCAUUUUUUACAUUGGAACUACUUUUAAGGUGUAGUUGUAAUCCAAUUUGAUAUUUUAAGGCUUGUCAAGGCCUCAGAAUUUACUUUAGCACAAAACAAAAUUUUUUUAUUGCUAAAAACACGGUCAAAAAGACACUUGCAUGGUGUCGCGAGAAAACUUCUGAGGACAAAAACAUGUCAUUAGACCAAAAUUAGGCAGCUAAUUUAUAUAUAUUCUGAAUCAAAAAAUUUUUGCGAAUUUUUUGAUAUAUAUCUCGACCGGUAAUUCCACACCCCAUAGAAGUACUUUCCUUGUUAGAUAAAAUAUUGGAUUUUUGACCGUUAUAUGCGGAAUUUUACCUGUUAAUAUGAUCACCCGGAGAUUUAGCCUCUUUUUAGACUAGAUUGGAACAGAUUGUGACUAUUUUUUCACGGAAACUUACCUUACUUUAGAUAUAAACUAGAUCUAUUCUAAAAAAUAAGAGUUUCCCCAAAAUUUAAAAGAACUUUUACACAAACUUUAGCAGCAGUACUCGGCAGACCACCAAGAAGGAGCAGAAGUCGCCGGCGGACGCGGGCAGCGCGAAACGGCCGCGCACGGCGCGACGUUCGGCCGUCCGCGAAACCCCGGCUCGAGCGUUGGAUGCGGACAAUUCCUUGACCGUUGGGCUGUCACCAACCCCUCAAGCUUCAAUGCCAAACUCCCCGGAGCAAGAUGAGGAAAGCCGAAGCAGUGGAGCGGACUCAGCGGUUCCGAUUUUAUCCUUACAGCCUGAUCGACUUUCGGAUGAAAUUUACGCUCUGUAUGAUCAUUCUGAUAUCAGCAGAAGACUGACAACAAAGGAAAUGGUGAGAUCUUGCUAUUUUUUGUUUGGUUUUUAGAUUGAAGAAAGUUUGGAGGGCAGUUGGAUAUCCACCUUGCCUAGUGUAAUAUAAUUUUUUGCCCAAAAUUGAGAUCAAAUGCUUCCAGAUGAUAAAACGGUGGAAAUCAGACCUCGAGCGACAGCAACAGCCCUGGAAAACCGCCGAUUAUACCAGUGUUAUCGAUAGAAUUGAGCCGAGAUUGGCUUAUUCCACUGUAAGUUUUAAAAUACGCCUUUCCCAAGAAAUCAGGGAUUAUUCAGAUGUUAUAUGACAAUUUCAGGUGUGUCAAUACCUCAGCAAGGCGGCGCCAUUCACGGACAAGUCCUCAAUGAAGGCGAUGAUGGCCAGUCAUGAUGAACAAUAUCAGACUCUCAAGAAUCGACAACACGCCGAACGUCAGCGACUGAUGGAGCAGAUUGAACGUCAAACUUUGAGAGAACUGAAUUUUAUCCGACAACGAAGUACCAACGCCAUCACAGCCAGUAAGUUUAUUUUCGUACGGUGCGGUGAAAAUUUUGAGCGAUUGCACAGUGCGUUGGAUUUUGGGAACAAAUUGCACAGUGCGGUUGGGAUUUUUGAUAAAAAUGGUCGCUGCAGAAAAGAAAGGUGAUGAAAAGGGAUUUCACAGUGAGAAAAAAUUUUGAGAAUUGUCGCACAGUGCAGUCGAUUUGAGAUUUUUUGGAAAUUCGCACGGUGCGGUGGAUUUUGGGGAUAAAUUGCACAGUGCGGCGGUGGUUAGGGAAAAAAUGGUCGCUGCAGAAAAGAAAGGUGAUGAAAGGGGAUUUCACAGUAAGAAAAAAAUUUGGAUUUUGUUCCACAAUGCAGUCGAUUUGAGAUUUUUUGGUAAAUUGCACCGUGCGGUGGAUUUUGGGGAUAAAUUGCACAGUGCGGCGGGGAUUUGGGAAAAAAUGGCCAACGCAGAAAAGAAAGGUGAUGAAAGGGGAUUUCACAGUGAGAAAAAAUUUUGGAUUUUGUUCCACAAUGCAGUCGAUUUGAGAUUUUUUGGUAAAUUGCACCGUGCAGUAAACAAACGGUAAUUUUGAACGAAAAGCAGAUCGUUUAGGCCUAAAUGGAAUCGAAAAACAUUUGAUUGGAUUAUUUUUUCUACAAUCAACACCAGUUUUAGCCAAUAAUGGAAUAAAUUUUAGUCCGAAUCCUCAACGACGCCGAAACGUUGAAUGCGAAUCGUCUCGAUGAACGCAGCGACGAAGCAAUCAAACAGAUUGGAGUCAGAUCCCGAUCAGAGAUUGUUAAAGAGCUGAAGGAUCGAUUCAGACACUCAACGACACAACUUUUCAAUCGACAUCGCUUCGAAGCCGAUACAAUUUUUCAGAAACAAAAAGAUGAAUGGCAACGAUUUGUGAUGGAAAGAAUGCCUUCGGAGGUCCGCAGUGGUGUGGAGAAUCCAGUCAUCAAAGAGCUGUACAAAGAUUUGAAACGGGUCGAGCCAAGAAAAGUUGAUCUGGAUAUGAUAAUAUAUUGA